UCCAUUUCUCUGAUAUUUUGAUAAUUUCUGACAUACCAAAAGAAGUGAUGUCACAGACAUUCAGUGUAGCUGUGUUGUGUGUGUUCUUUUCAUAACUGAAGUGUUAAACAAGCUGUAGUCUUCAGUUGUGUUGUGUUCUGCUUCUUCAGAGCCUCAUUUUCACACAUUAGCUACUGCAACUGCUUACUUUUCAACAGCACCUAGUUCUUAAAAUGGACCAGGUAAGAGAUAAUACUCCAGUUUACAUCACUGCAGGAGUUUCAGGAGGUCUCUUUUUUGCACUUUUUGUGAUAGUUAUCUUCACAUACUGGCAGCUCAGUAGGUUAAUGAAGAGGUUCGAAAAACUGCAGCAGAAGGACAAUAAUGUAUACCAUUACCUGAGCCCAACCAUACAACCAGAUGAAGAAUUAUCCAAAAGAGGAUUCUCCAUGUACACAGGGGAUAACGUGGAUGUUGAAGGUGCACAAAGGUCUUCUAGAAGAAGCAGCAAUUCUGAAGAUAAUCGAUAUAGCAUCUCAAACGUAGUGUUUGCGCAUGAAAGGCAAAACAGAGAUACUGAAAGAGAGCAGAGUUCUUCCAGCAGCAGCAGUAAUGGUAGAGACCAAAAUAGCACCUCAAACUUAGUAUUUGCUCAUGACAGGUACUGAAGCUUUGGUGCAUUUAUGAUUAUAUAAAACUGGUCCUACUUGAGACAGUAUUUGGUACAUUCCUCCAAAUACAGAAGAAAAUUUAGUAUUCAGGGUGCAUAACUACUGAAUGACAAUCCUACCAACUUCAAUCUCAAAUUGACAGUGUAUCUCAUAGAUUUGUGAACUGAAGAAAUAUUUAUUGUAAUUUUGAACAACCCUCAGAUAAGAAGCUGUGAAGCACCUGUUCAAAUAUUAGACAAAUCUAUAUCAUAUUUUACUUUUUAUAUAAUAUUAUUAUUAAUCAUUCUGUUUAGAAUAAGUCAUUCUAAUAGCCAACACAGAACAUUGUUAUGUGUUAAGGAACAACUAUAGUUGAGUUAUCCUGAAACAAUAAAACAAAUUUAGAUCAUAUUUCAGAUUUAUAUCUUAUCAUUCAUGAUGCUCAUCUCAGCAACAUAUUCUAAUAACAAAUAUAGAAUAUUAUUAUAUAUUAAACAACAACUUAUCCUACAACAGAUGAAUGCUAUAUUUAACAUGUAAUGCUGAUUAUUACAUCUGAAUCAAAGUUAAGUGAAAAACUUUGGAAAAAACUGUAAAUUCUGUUUCAUUUUCCUUUCAGAGUGCAUAACAAAUAAGACUGCAAUGUAACUGUCAAAUAUUUUACUUAAAAAUGAUUGUAUCACACUGUAAGUGGUCUUUGUAAAUGCAUAUCACUGCACAUUUUAAAAUGCUAUCUUAUCCUAACUAGAUCCUUAAAUCGUAGGACAAUUUUACUCAAAGUAAUGAUUGUAUACAGUCCCUGAUUUGUUUAAGGCUACAUUUUUCUACUCUAAUAUGAAUUCACAUGCAAGAAUUUAUUGUGCAACAUGUUUCACUUAUUGGUUCAUGAAAUAAUUCUGUUGUUUUCAAUGAUAAUUCACUGACAGAUGAGUCAAACACUUUGUUAAAUCACAUGAGAUUUCAUUUUCAUUCCAUGCACUAUAGCUGUUACAUUGAAUGUCACUAAUUACUGCCACUUUUAUUACUGUGUGUGCAUGCAGAAUACGCUGGUUUCAUUCAGAAUGUUUAUUCAUCCCUAGUGAGAAACAGCCUCUAGUGCAAAGCACUGAAUACUUACCAUACACGUAAAAUUUUAAGCCAACUUAAUGUUAGCCAGCAUAUGUUCUUAUGUUACUAUCAAAUUACUAAAAAUGUACACAUACUUUGCACAAGAAAAUCUUUUGCCUUUUGUUUCACGAAUGAGUAUUGCUUGUAACAACAGAUACACCUGUGACAUUUGAACAACCCUAAUGUGUUUGUUGUUGAUAAAUGAUUAAAAAUAUAGCAUAUUUUUAUCUAAGAGUUAAUGACUUUUCCUUUUGCCACUUUCAAACAAAUACCUGUUUAUACAAUAUAAUUGCGUAACUGAAGACUAUAAAUUUAUGAAGUUAUUACUAUAAAAUGUAUAUAGGCCUAAGGCUACAUUUUAUCUUUCAAUAGUGGUAAGCUGCCUCAUUUUCUCAACUCAGCACUCAGGAGUUUUUAUUAGAGACUUAAAUUAUUGUCAUGGAGGUGAUAAUAUUUCUUCACUAUUUGCUUUUUUCUGCAUGUUUUCUUUCACUCUCCAAAUGGAAAAUUACAGGAUAUUUUGUAGAAUACCUAUAUGAGUUAGGUAACUUUUAUCACACAUAGUAAAAUUAUUAUACUCUGAUGAAACUGAGCAAGUCAGUUUCUUGGUGACAACAGUCAAUAUGAGGCCAUGUUCAGAGAAUGUUUCCUGUAAGUGCUGAUAGAAGUCACUUGUGAAAGAAGGUAGUUCAUGAGGAACUCA